GAAGUGGUUCUCCUCAUCCGCUUCCUCUGCAGUUAAGAGGGGAGGAGGCGGACGGUUAGACCGACCCGGCAUGCCCCGGGCUUCCGGUGACCUCUGGCCUCUCUGUCGUCCGCUCCGGCUGCUCGGCGUGCUCGCUCUCUGGGCCGCUCUUCCUGCCUCCCUGCGGUGCUCCUUCGCACGCUGACGGCCGGCCGGGACGCCCAGGCUCGGCAGAGAGGCGGUGGCGGAGGACGCGCGUCAUGGCCGCCUCUAAGCCUGUGGAGGCGGCGGUGGCCGCAGCGGCGGCGGCCCCCGGCUCCGGGAGCGGGGUGGGCGGCGGCGGGACGGCGGGCCCGGGCGCCGGGGGCCUGCCGCGAUGGCAGCUGGCGCUGGCGGUCGGGGCGCCGCUGCUGCUGGGCGCCGGGGCCAUGUACCUGUGGAGCCGGCAGCGGCGGCGCCGGGAGACCGGGGGCCGGGGCGACGCCGGCAGCCUGAAGGGACGCAGCGAACGGAAGACCCCGGAGGGCAGAGCCAGCCCGGCGCUGGCCAGCGGGCACGCCGAGGGCCCCGGUGCCCACCUGGAGAUGAAUUCUCUUGAUAGAGCCCAAGCAGCAAAGAACAAAGGCAAUAAAUAUUUUAAAGCAGGAAAAUAUGAACAUGCUAUUCAGUGCUACACAGAGGCUAUUAGCUUGUGUCCUACAGAGAAGAACGUCGACCUUUCCACGUUUUAUCAGAACAGAGCUGCUGCCUUUGAGCAGUUGCAAAAAUGGAAAGAGGUGGCACAAGAUUGUACAAAAGCUGUUGAACUUAAUCCCAAAUAUGUGAAAGCUCUCUUUAGACGUGCAAAAGCCCACGAGAAGCUAGACAAUAAGAAGGAAUGUUUAGAAGAUGUCACUGCUGUGUGUAUAUUAGAAGGCUUCCAAAACCAACAAAGCAUGCUGUUAGCAGAUAAAGUUCUUAAACUUCUUGGAAAAGAGAAAGCCAAAGAAAAAUACAAGAACCGUGAACCUCUGAUGCCAUCUCCACAGUUUAUCAAAUCCUAUUUCAGUUCUUUCACGGAUGAUAUUAUUUCUCAGCCCAUGCUUAAAGGAGAGAAGUCUGAUGAAGAUAAAGACAAGGAAGGGGAGGCUUUAGAAGUGAAAGAAAAUUCUGGAUAUUUAAAGGCCAAACAGUAUAUGGAAGAAGAAAAUUAUGAUAAAAUCAUAAGUGAAUGCUCAAAAGAAAUAGAUGCUGAAGGCAGAUACAUGGCAGAAGCAUUAUUACUGCGAGCCACCUUCUACCUACUUAUUGGCAAUGCCAAUGCGGCCAAACCAGAUUUAGAUAAGGUUAUCAGUUUGAAAGAAGCUAACGUGAAGCUUCGAGCAAAUGCCCUGAUCAAGAGAGGCAGCAUGUACAUGCAGCAGCAGCAGCCCCUGCUGUCCACGCAGGACUUCAACAUGGCUGCCGACAUGGAUCCUCAGAACGCAGACGUCUAUCACCACCGGGGACAGCUGAAAAUACUGCUUGAUCAAGUUGAAGAAGCAGUGGCAGAUUUUGAUGAAUGUAUUAGAUUAAGACCUGAGUCUGCUCUGGCACAAGCUCAGAAGUGUUUUGCACUGUAUCGCCAGGCAUAUACGGGAAAUAAUUCUUCACAAAUUCAAGCAGCUAUGAAAGGCUUUGAAGAGGUCAUAAAGAAAUUUCCGAAGUGUGCUGAAGGCUAUGCGCUGUAUGCCCAGGCAUUAACAGACCAGCAGCAGUUUGGUAAAGCUGAUGAAAUGUAUGAUAAAUGCAUUGAGUUGGAACCAGAUAAUGCCACGACAUAUGUCCAUAAAGGUUUACUUCAGCUUCAGUGGAAACAAGAUCUGGAUAAAGGAUUGGAACUUAUCAGCAAGGCCAUUGAAAUUGACAAUAAAUGUGAUUUUGCAUAUGAAACCAUGGGAACUAUUGAAGUGCAAAGAGGAAACAUGGAGAAAGCCAUUGACAUGUUCAACAAAGCUAUUAACCUGGCCAAGUCAGAGAUGGAAAUGGCUCACCUGUAUUCACUUUGCGAUGCUGCCCAUGCCCAGACAGAAGUUGCAAAGAAAUAUGGUUUGAAACCACCAACAUUAUAAGACAAGGGGAAAGAAGACUGACCUUCUUUUUAAAAGUUUACCCUGUCAUCAGCUGAACCCUAAAGACACUUGUGAACCUCGUGAACUGUGUUGAAUGGUGGAACUUAACAUUUCCGUUUGUGGUGUUGUCACUCCUUACAUCUGUUUCAUGUCUAAAUGUUGUGGGCGUGGCUGUUGAAGGAUGGUUGCAGUGUUGCAGCUUUUAUUUCCUGUGCAACAGAAGCUUAGACCUCUUAAAAGGGAUAUGCAAAUAAAGUUGCAUAGAGUACAAGUGAUAAGUGGCCAUGCAAAUAAAAACUUUGAUUUGUUGA